CACACGCGCACAUAAAUCAGGGGUGCAGAUGAGGGAACACGUGGUUUCUCCGUGCAGCACCACUUCCUCUCACGUUCGGAUUCCUUCACUUGUUGCUGCCGCGGGUAACAGCAGAGUGCUGAGCUGGACUCGGAUCCAGCCUCAACCUCAGCAUCUCUCCGAAGAGAAGAUAGAAGUGUCUCACUUGCUCGUCUGCAGCUUGCAUCACUUGCAACACAGUCCAUUCCUGAGUUACCUGCCCCAGGAGAGCGUGCCCAGUGUGAGGACUCCCGGAUGGAGCUUUGAACUCUCCCUCCUCUCCUCUCCAACUCACAGUGGAUAUUUGGAUACUCGCAGUUCCACGGUGCCGUGCGCUCACGGGGAGCUUUUUUGGGCAAAUGCCAAUGCGAUGCUGCGGAUGUGACUUCAAUCAACAGCUUCACAACGGCACAGUCCUGUAAACCACAAUGAAAGACGAUUUUGCUGACGAGGAGGAGGUGCAGUCCUUUGGUUAUAAGAGAUUUGGAAUCCAGGAGGGUACGGAGUGCACCAAGUGCAAAAAUGACUGGGCGCUGAGGGCGGCUAUCGCCCUGCUCUACGUGCUCUGUGCCCUGCUCACCAUCGCCGUGGCCGUCCUCGGAUACAAAGUGGUCCAGAGAAUGGACAAUGUCACAGAGGGCAUGCAGAAUUAUGGAGGCAAGAUCAAUGCUGUGGAGACAGACUUAAAGAAACUAGAUGAUCAGACAGGAGAGAAGACAGUGAAUGCCACGAGUAACAUCAAGACCUUCAAGUCCGAUCUGGACGCACUACAGAACCAACUGAACGAUAUUGCCCUCAGAGCGACCAGAAACAGAGAUCUGCUGGACGGGCUUCAGAUCACGGGCGACGACAUGCAGGACGGCCACGUCUCGCUGAAGAGUUUCAUGCAGGGCAACGAGGCCUCGUUGCGCGGGGUCAACCAGACAUUGGCCUCCUACAGCGGCAUGAUUGACGAACUCCAGACGGACACUGCGCGGCUCCAGACAGAGAUACAGGGCCAGGUCAAGGUGCAGAGUCAGACCCAGGUUGGUAUCAGUGCACUAAACAUCACGCAAUCCCAGCAGCGCAAUCUGCUCAGCACGCUGCAGAAGACGGUGGAGGGCGCUGGCCAGGCGGUGCAGAAGCUGAACAAUGACUAUCAGGGUCUGCAGCAGACGGCCAGACAGACCCGGGCUGACACACAGUGGCUGAAGGAAAAGGUCCAGAACCUCCAGGUGUUGGCAGCCAAUAACUCAGCCCUGGCCCGUUCCAAUGAGGAAUCUCUGGAUGACUUGGGGGCUCAGCUCAGCACACUGGCCAGCCAGAUCCAGAACACCUCCACUCUCAACGAGGAGCACGGCCAGAACCUGCAUGAGCUGAUGGACCACCAGAGAGACCACGAUAACGCCACCUCGUCGAAGUUUGACGAGGUGGAAUCGAGGCUGGACAGACAUGAGAAUGACAUGGACCGCGUGACCGGGAACAUGAGCUUCGCCUCGCAGCUCCUCGGUGCCAUCAGCUCCGACCUGAAUGGCCUGAGGUCGUGCGCCGAGACGGUGAUGCGACAUUCGGACCUGCUGCUGGAGCUGAACGAUAGUGUGACGGCGGCCAAGGCGGAUGGCAAAGAGCUAAGCGCGCAGCACGAUGAGAUGGCAGCCAGGCUGGACAAGGAGGUCAGCAACCUCUCCGUGGUGAUGGAGGAGAUGAAGCUGGUGGACAGCAAGCACUCGAAGCUCAUCACCAACUUCACCAUCCUGCAGGGUCCACCAGGUCCACGGGGCCUCAGGGGGGAUAAGGGUCCACAGGGAACAGUGGGCCAGCCCGGACAAAAGGGAGAUAAGGGAGACAAAGGGAUGCCAGGUUUGGUGGGAAAUAGGGGACAGAAAGGUCCUGGUGGACCACCAGGUGUGAUGGGUCCAAAGGGUCCUGUCGGGGCUCGGGGUCUUCCAGGGACUAAAGGAUCGAGAGGGUCUGGAGGUCGACCUGGAAACUCUGGUGAAAAAGGUGACCUUGGGGCUAUGGGGAUUCCUGGUAGGGAUGGACUCUCAGGGUUGCCAGGGCCACCAGGGCCACAGGGGCCCAGAGGAACAGCAGGACCGGCAGGACUCGAUGGGCUUCGCGGGCCUGUUGGACCCAUCGGCCCUCCUGGUCCUCCAGGUCUACCAGGGCUACCCGCGCCUGCAUCUCCACUUUCAAAGCAGCCUCAGCCCACUCGGCCGGCUAAGAUCCCUGAAACCCCCAAAGCACCCCAACCCCUCAAACCCCCUCAACCCCCCAAACCAGCAGAUGAACCAGAAGGCACCGUGUCUCGGCAGAUCCAGCCCUCUGUCGCCACUGCUCCAGUGCCUGGUUGCCCAGCUGAGUUCAGAAAGUUUGGAGACAGCUGCUAUUACUUCUCUUCUGGUGCUCAGAGGCUCAACUUUGACGAGUCCAACCAGUUUUGUACCGUCAUGUCAUCUCUAAUGCUCAUUAUCAACGACAAUGAGGAACAGCAAUUUGUGAGAGAUGCAAUUGCAGGAAAAGGCUAUUUCUGGCUGGGUCUUACUGACAAGGAGGAGGAAAAUGUUUGGAAAUGGGUGGAUGGAACUGAACCUGUUUUCAAGAAGUGGAAGCCUGGCCAGCCUGAUAACUGGACCCACGGCCACGAGGAAGGAGAGGACUGUGCUGGCCUCAUCCACAAUGCCUACUGGAACGAUUUCUACUGCACUGACCGCAUCGGUUUCAUCUGUGAACGUGCCUCUGACCCGAUGCCUCUGUUCGCGACGAACCCAUUUGACCAAGAUGUUGAGAAAGCAACCAGUGAGCUGAACACAGCUGAGGACUGGGGCCUCAUUCUGGACAUUUGUGAUAAAAUAGGGCAGGCACGCACUGGGCCGAAAGAAUGUCUCCGCUCUAUAAUGAGAAGAGUCAACCAUAAGGAUCCUCAUGUGGCCAUGCAGGCACUGACUCUCCUUGGUGCUUGUGUCUCAAACUGUGGGAAGAUAUUCCACUUGGAGGUUUGCUCCAGAGAGUUUGCCAGUGAAGUCAGUAACGUCCUAAACAAGGGCCACCCCAAAGUGUGUGAGAAGCUGAAAGCCCUGAUGGUCGAGUGGGCCGAGAACUUCCGCAACGAUCCCCAACUCAGUCUGAUCUCAGCAAUGAUCAAGAAUCUACGGGAGCAGGGUGUUACUUUCCCAGCGGUGGGGUCCCAGGCUGCCGAGCAAGCAAAGGCCAGCCCCGCUUUAGUGGCAAAGGAUCCCUCCACCCCAAACAAAAAAGAAGAUGACGAUUUGGCCAAAGCCAUUGAGCUGUCGUUGAAGGAGCAGCAUCCGCAAACCUCCCUGUCGAGCCUUUACCCCAACACCUCCGGCCUGCUCUCCUUGCACAAGUCCGACGGCAGGAAAGUCCGCGCCAUCUACGACUUUGAGGCCGCUGAGGACAACGAGCUCACCUUCAAGUCGGGAGAAAUCAUCACCAUCCUGGACGAUAGUGACUCCAACUGGUGGAAAGGGGAAACGUACCAGGGAGUGGGGUUGUUCCCCUCCAACUUUGUCACAGCUGACCUCACUGCUGAGCCUGAGAUGAUGAAGACGGAGAAGAAGACGGUACAGUUCAGUGAGGACAUCCAGGUGGAGACCAUAGAGCCCCAACAAGAGCCGGUAUUUAUAGAAGAAGACAAAAUGGACCAGCUACUGCAGAUGAUCCAGAGUGCAGAUCCCACGGACAACCAGGCGGACAGCAGUGAGCUGCUCCAGCUGGAAGGUGCCUGCAAUCAGAUGGGGCCCCUCAUUGACCAGAAGUUGGAGGAUAUAGACAGGAAGCACUCUGAGCUGUCGGACCUGAACGUGAAGGUGAUGGAAGCUCUGUCUCUGUACGCCAAGCUGAUGAAUGAAGAUCCCGUCUACGCCAUGUAUGCCAAGCUCCAGAGCCAGCAGUACUACAUGCAGCAGCCUGCCAACGCAGCACAGCAGGUCUAUCCGGGUCCGCCUCCAGCAGGUCCGUACGCCAUGAGCGGCGCCGUGGCGCAGGGCUACAUGGAGCAGCUUCCAGCUGGAACCCCCAUACCUGGUCAGCCAGCUCCCAGUGACGCUCACAUGUACAUGGGCCAGCCGCCGGUCUACACCGCAGCUCCACCGGCAGACCUCCAGUCCUACCAGCACCCGGCCAGCGGCCCUGGCCCCGCCCCCGGCAUGACGGCGAACUACAGCGCCCCCUCUGGCCCGAGCAUAGCACCGUCAUCAGACGCCUCGCAGGCCCCUUACUCAGAGAAGGCCUUGCUAUAGGGCCCGAGACACACACACAUGCAGACACACACAUGCAGACACACACAUGCAGAGACACACAUGCAGAGACACGCACAUGCACCACACCUGAUCGUGGUGGGAGGUCGUUUCCUUUUUGGGGUUUUUCAUUUUCGUUUGGGUGGAACACCAGAUGGGUGAAAACAUUUAAAUAGAGCAAACUUGACUUGACGCGUGCCGCGCUUUGUGUUGUUUUAUCCGGCAGAUAAAUAUAAACCGUUCCAGUUCACACAAAGUUGAUUCAAUUUAAACCCUAGUGAAUAUUUAUUCAUUCAUUGUUUGAAACUUUAUUCCUCAGACUAUAUAUAUACAUGCGAAAUCUAAAUUCUCAAGUCAGUAAACAGUAGGGCGGGGCAUUAACAAAAACUACUUGAUCAAGUGUGAAACACACUCCUUCACACCAACCCUCAACACACACACACACACGAGUGUAUUACCUUCACUCUCACCUAUAUGCCACAGCCUUCUCAUCCACUUAAAGCAACUGCAUUGCUAAUCUUGUCACAUUAAAGGUGGCGUCAACAUACUUCUUUUUUAAAUUAUUAUUAUUCAGAAAAAGGACUUUUAGCAGUGCUAAAAACUUUAGAUUACUACAUUCUGUAUAUGUCGGCAACAUUUAGAAGUACUGAAAACUGAAGCCACUUUGUUUUUUUUGGGAGUGGGAAAGGAACCCAGAGCAGUUCAAGCAUGCACAUGACUCUUGUAUAUACCGAACUCGUGGCGACGCCACAUGAUGACGUCAUGGGGAUGUUGGCACGGCUCCGGAGGUUUCUCUCGGCCUCGAAGGUGAACUCUAGGGUCAUGAUGUCACUCCUGAACUACAGGUGUAAAGGCCAAAGAGGACAAAGCGAGGGCGGGGGCGGGGAACCACACCAGAAAACAAGAUAUUUUUAUUUUCCUUUUAUUAUUUUUCUUAACAUGAUCGACUGAACUUAACACUGCAGAGUUUUCCUUUUCAAAAGGAGCAGCUCUCGGUCCUCGUUGGCGGAUGUCGCGUUGGCUCCGUCUCCAUUCAGGGGCCGCGUGUCCUGAGGGCCGAGCACUCUGAGCCGCCGCGGCAUUUUUUUUUUUUUUUUGUCGAAGUGCAUUUGAAUUUAAGUUCUGAUUAUUGUUGUGAUAUUUUAAAAUGCAGGAUGUAUGUAUUCAGAGAAAAGCAGACGAUGUGAUAUUCUGCCUAACUUAGUUGUAUAUUUAAAUUGCUCACAUGACGACGUGGACGUUACUCAGUGUUUUAUACAUGCUUGUUGUACUGUCGGAUCAAAUGUUAAUGUGAAAUACUGAUCGAACCUCCCGAAGCAUUUCAACCCUCAUCCCUUCUCCUAGCCGGCGAACACUAAAACAAAUUCUACCUGAAGCAGGGUUGAAUUGAGGUUUCAUGAUUCUGGAAAGCACAGUCCGGAUUUAUAAACAGCUCUUUUUCUAGGUCACCCUCAGCUCUCCGUUACAGUCACUUUAAUAUUUAAUAUUGUACAAACCGACCGCUCACGUCAUAACUGUCCAUGCGCUCCUGUGGCUUCUAUCGCAAAACGGUGAUGAAACGGCCACAUUAUUUAUCUGUUGUUGCUUGAUAUUGAAUGAUGCUACGUGAAGGAAUUAUGAAGCAGUGUUCAAUACGAUGAGCUCCGUUUUCAAGUCGCAAAACUAAUUGGUGUAUUGAUCUGAUAUUUGUGUCUUUUCUAUUUCUCUUGAGACGCUAUUAUCAGUUGUACCACGAUAAUAACUUAAAUCGGCUCAGUUGAAAGUUUUUUUUUUUUUUUUUUUUUUUUUUUUUGUGGGACUUGGUGACCAAGAGGACAUUUAUUCUCCCCAGAACUUGAUUUUAGCAUUAAUAUAGUUUAUUUGAAAGACAAAACAUAUCUUUGGUUUGCUGCCAACUGAAUGCCGGAGUGAAAUAGUGUUAAUCUGUUUGAUCGAGGAGGGAUGGAAAUAUCAAAGUAGCAUUUUUGGAGCCACGUAUUCGCCACACGGCGCCCCAACGUAACCUCGCGCUGCGGGUUGGACCGCGGCGCCGGCGUAACUUUACUGCACAGGAUUGAGAUGCUGCCUGUUUUUAAGUUUCAAACCUCCUUCUUGUAAAGGUUCCGUCUAAACUUGUAUCCUGCUGUUUGUAUGUAUUCUUUUAACCAUACUUAUUAAUCGGUAUUCACAAUAAAACCAGGCCAAAUGUACAGAA